AUGCAUUGUGAGAAGAUUUCUUCAGAGGAGGUCGUCGCCACGCUCGUGUUUCCUGGCAACAACACCGAGACGGAGGGUGCCGAUCAGUGCGGCAUCUGUGAGCUCGUGGAUGAGCGAGUGGCUCUACGAACCGAGCUGGCUGGGGCGGAGAAGAGGUUGGGUCUUCAAGAGGAACAUCGAAGACGUUUGAGUAGUCGGUUGGCCUCAGCUAGUCGGCAAACUAAAAUAGAGCGGUCGAAGAAGCAACUGCUCGAGAGGAAAGCGGCUGAGAUACUGCUGGCUGUGGAGGAGGCUGAGGGGGACCCAGAAGGGACGCUAUCUAGGCUGGCUGAAAUUCUGAAUGGUAAGGUGGCGCAGCUGCUGUUGCGAGCUUCAGACAAGAUCAAGGAGGAGAGGGUUGCUGUGAUGGCUUUGAAAGGGGAGAAGAAGCGUCUGUUAAAAAAGCUGGAGGAGACCGAGAGGGAGGUCGUUGGACUGAACGGCGAGAUGAGGGAGAUGCGGUUGACGCUCACAGAAAGUCUGAACUCUUCGAGGGAAGAGGUUGAGAUGUUUCGACGGCGGAGCGAAGCAGCGGAGAAACUCUGCGGAGUAGUGUCGGCUCGGGCGGAUAAGUUAGGGAAGGAGCGCAAACAGCACAGGGAGUAUAUCGAGCUGUUAGAGUCAGCGGUGGAACGGUUGGAGGGGGAGUUACGGUAUAGGAGGCGUCAGGAAGUGGGUGAUGAGGAGGAGCAGUUGGAGGCCUUCCGACGGAGGCUUACAACGGGGGCUGGGGAGGAGCCGUCGGUGGGAGUGAGGGCUACGGCCCAGGCAGAUUCGGUGGGUGGGUUUAGCGUGGUGGAACGUUGGAGAUUUGUCAUGUCGUUACCUGUGGCUACUCUCUAA